GCAAAGGAAUCUCAGUGGCUGACUUUUAUGACGGGCCCGGUGCUGAAGGGCAGGGAACAACUGAUGGUGCUACUUUGAACUGCUUUACUUUUCUCCUUUUUGCACAAAGAGUCUCAUGUCUGAUAUUUAGACAUGAUGAGCUUUGUGCAAAAGGGGACCUGGUUACUUCUCACUCUGCUUCAUUCCACUGUUAUUUUGGCACAACAGCUCGUGGAAGUUAUUGACGGAGGAUGUUCCCAUCUCGGUCAGGCUUAUGCGGACAGAGAUGUCUGGAAGCCAGAACCAUGCCAAAUAUGCGUCUGUGACUCAGGAUCUGUUCUCUGUGAUGACAUAAUAUGUGAUGACCAAGAAUUAGACUGCCCCAACCCAGAGAUCCCAUUUGGAGAAUGUUGUGCAGUUUGCCCACAGCCUCCAACAGCUCCUCCUCCCCCUACUAAUGGUCAUAUACGUCAAGGCCCCAAAGGAGAUCCAGGCCCUCCUGGUAUUCCUGGGAGAAAUGGUGAUCCUGGUAUUCCAGGACAACCAGGUUCCCCUGGUUCUCCUGGCCCCCCUGGAAUCUGUGAAUCAUGCCCUACCGCUGGUCAGAACUAUUCUCCCCAGUUCGAAUCCUAUGAUGUCAAGUCUGGAGUGGGAGGAGCAGGGAUCGCUGGCUUUCCUGGACCAGCUGGCCCCCCAGGCCCUCCUGGCCCCCCUGGUGCGUCUGGUCACCCUGGCUCCCCUGGUUCUCCAGGAUACCAAGGUGCCCCUGGUGAACCUGGGCAAGCUGGUCCUGCCGGCCCUCCUGGACCUCCUGGUGCUAUGGGUCCAGUUGGUCCUGCUGGAAAAGAUGGGGAAUCAGGAAGACCCGGGCGAACUGGAGAGAGAGGACUGCCUGGGCCUCCGGGUAUGAAAGGUCCAGCUGGUAUGCCUGGUUUCCCGGGUAUGAAAGGACAUAGAGGCUUUGAUGGACGAGAUGGAGAAAAGGGUGAAACAGGUGCUCCUGGAUUAAAGGGUGAAAAUGGUCUUCCUGGUGAAAAUGGAGCUCCUGGACCCAUGGGUCCAAGAGGGGCUCCUGGUGAGAGAGGACGGCCAGGACUUCCUGGAGCUGCAGGGGCUCGAGGGAAUGAUGGUGCUCGAGGAAGUGAUGGACAACCCGGCCCACCUGGUCCCCCUGGAACUGCUGGAUUCCCUGGUUCCCCUGGUGCUAAGGGUGAAGUUGGACCUGCGGGAUCUCCUGGUACAAAUGGCUCCCCUGGACAACGAGGAGAACCUGGACCUCAGGGACAUGCUGGUGCCCCAGGUCCUCCUGGCCCUGCUGGGACCAAUGGCAUUCCUGGUGGUAAAGGUGAAAUGGGUCCCGCUGGUAUUCCUGGAGCUCCUGGACUGUCAGGAGCCCGGGGGCCUCCAGGACCAGCUGGUACCAAUGGCAUUCCUGGGCAGCGAGGUUCUCCAGGUGAACCCGGUAAGAAUGGUGCCAAAGGAGACCCAGGACCACGUGGUGAACGUGGCGAAGCUGGUACCCCAGGUACUCCAGGAACUAAAGGUGAAGAUGGCAAAGAUGGUUCGCCUGGAGAACCUGGUUCAAAUGGACUUCCUGGAGCUGCAGGAGAAAGGGGUCAACCUGGAUUUCGAGGACCUGCUGGACCAAAUGGCCUUCCAGGAGAAAAGGGUCCCGCUGGGGAGCGCGGUAAUCCAGGCCCCGCAGGGCCCAGAGGAGCUGCUGGAGAGCCUGGCCGAGAUGGUGCCCCUGGACCUCAAGGAAUGAGGGGUAUGCCCGGAAGCCCAGGAGGACCAGGCAGCGAUGGAAAACCAGGGCCAGCCGGAAGUCCAGGAGAAUCUGGUCGUGCAGGUCCUUCAGGCCCACCUGGUCCCCGGGGUCAGCCUGGUGUCAUGGGCUUCCCUGGUCCUAAAGGAAAUGAUGGUGCUCCUGGAAAAAAUGGAGAACGAGGUAGCCCUGGAGGUCCUGGACCUCAGGGUCUUCCUGGAAAGGGUGGUGAAAGUGGACCUCCAGGACCCGCUGGACCUUCUGGGCCGAGUGGUGACAAAGGGGAAGCAGGACCCCCGGGUCCACCAGGACCACAAGGCAUACCUGGAACCAAUGGUCCUCCAGGAGAAAACGGAAAACCUGGUGAACCAGGUCCAAAGGGUGAAGCUGGUGGACCUGGAACUCCAGGAGGCAAGGGUGAUCCUGGUGCCCCUGGUGAACGAGGAGCUCCUGGAUCACCAGGGGCCGCCGGACCUAAAGGUGCAAAUGGUUCUCCUGGUCCUGCAGGAGCAAAGGGUCCUGCUGGUGUUGCUGGGCCACCUGGUCCUCCUGGUAGUACUGGUCUGCAAGGGAUGCCUGGAGAUAAGGGAGGCGCUGGACCUCCUGGCCCAAAGGGUGACAAGGGUGAUCCAGGCAGUGCAGGUGCUGAUGGUGCUCCCGGGAAAGAUGGUCCAAGGGGUCUUGCUGGUCCCAUUGGUUCCCCUGGCCCAAGUGGUCCGCCUGGAGAUAAGGGUGAAAGUGGUUCCCCUGGACCUCCGGGUGUAGCUGGUCCUCGAGGUGGCCCUGGUGAGAGAGGUGAACCCGGGCCCCCAGGACCUGCGGGCUUCCCUGGUACUCCUGGACAGAAUGGUGAGCCUGGUGCUAAAGGGGACAGAGGCGGUCCUGGUGAAAAAGGUGAAGGAGGCCCUCCUGGACCCAUGGGACCCUCUGGAGGUUCUGGGCCUGCUGGUCCUCCUGGUCCCCCAGGUGUCAAAGGUGAACGUGGCAGUCCUGGUGGUCCUGGUGCUGCUGGAUUCCCUGGUGGUCGUGGGCUUCCUGGUCCUCCUGGUAGUAGUGGUAACCCAGGCCCCCCUGGUGUCAGUGGUGCUCCAGGCAAGGACGGACCCCCAGGCCCACCUGGUAGCAAUGGUGCUCCUGGCAUCCCUGGGAGUACUGGGCCAAAAGGUGAUGCUGGUCCACCAGGUGAGAAGGGAUCACCUGGUUCCCAGGGCCCUCCGGGAGCUCCAGGCCCACUUGGAAUUGCAGGAAUCACCGGAGCACGGGGCCUGGCAGGACCACCAGGCAUGCCAGGUCCUAGAGGAAGUCCUGGCCCGCAAGGCAUCAAGGGUGAAAGUGGGAAACCAGGACCUAGUGGACAAAAUGGAGAACGUGGUCCUCCUGGACCCCAGGGUCUUCCUGGUCUGUCUGGUACAGCUGGUGAACCUGGAAGAGAUGGAAACCCUGGAUCAGAUGGUCUGCCAGGCCGUGAUGGAACUCCGGGUACCAAGGGUGAUCGUGGUGAAAAUGGCUCUCCUGGUGCCCCUGGAGCUCCUGGUCAUCCAGGCCCACCUGGUCCUGUCGGUCCAUCUGGAAAGAAUGGUGAUCGAGGAGAAAGUGGUCCUGCUGGCCCUGCUGGUGCUCCAGGUCCUGCUGGUGUCCGAGGUCCUCCUGGUCCUCAAGGCCCACGAGGUGACAAAGGUGAAGCAGGUGAACGUGGUUCCACAGGCAUCAAAGGACACCGAGGCUUCCCUGGUAGCCCAGGUGCCCCAGGUUCUCCAGGUGCUGCUGGUCACCAAGGUGCGGUUGGUAGUCCAGGACCUGCAGGCCCCAGAGGACCCGUUGGACCUAGUGGGCCCCCAGGCAAAGAUGGAACCAGUGGACAUCCAGGUCCCAUUGGACCACCAGGGCCUCGAGGAAACAGAGGUGAAAGAGGAUCUGAGGGCGCCCCAGGAAACCCAGGACACCCAGGCCCUCCAGGACCACCUGGGGCCCCUGGUCCAUGCUGUGGUGGUGUUGGGGCUGCUGCCAUCGCUGGCAUUGGAGGUGAAAAAGCUGGCUCAUAUUAUGGAGAUGACCCACUGGAUCUCAAAAUCAACACCGAAGAGAUUAUGACUUCACUCAAAUCAGUCAGUGGACAAGUCGAAAGCCUCAUCAGCCCUGAUGGGUCUCGUAAAAACCCUGCUCGGAAUUGCCGAGACCUGAAAUUCUGUCAUCCUGAACUCAAGAGUGGAGAAUAUUGGGUUGAUCCUAACCAAGGUUGCAAGUUGGAUGCUAUUAAAGUGUUCUGUAAUAUGGAAACUGGGGAAACAUGCAUAAAUGCCAGUCCUUUGAGUGUUCCGCGUAAGAACUGGUGGACAGAUUCUGGUGCUGAGAAGAAACAUGUUUGGUUUGGUGAAACCAUGGAUGGUGGUUUUCAGUUUAGCUAUGGCAAUCCUGAACUUCCUGAAGAUAUCCUUGAUGUCCAGCUGGCAUUCCUCCGACUUCUCUCCAGUCGGGCCUCCCAGAACAUCACAUAUCACUGCAAGAAUAGCAUUGCGUACAUGGACCAUGCCAGUGGGAAUGUGAAGAAAGCCCUGAGGCUGAUGGGGUCGAAUGAAGGUGAAUUCAAGGCUGAAGGAAAUAGCAAAUUUACAUACACAGUUCUGGAGGACGGUUGCACUAAACACACUGGGGAAUGGGGCAAAACAGUCUUUGAAUAUCGAACACGCAAGGCUGUGAGACUACCUAUUGUAGAUAUCGCGCCAUAUGAUGUUGGUGGUCCUGAUCAAGAAUUCGGCGUGGACAUUGGCCCUGUCUGCUUUUUAUAAACCAAACUCUAUCUAAAAUCCCAGCAAAAAAUUUCACACUCCAUAUGUGUUCCUCUUGUUCUAAUCUUGUCAACCAGUACAAGUGACCAACUAAAUUCCAGUUAUUUAUUUCCAAAAUUUUUGGAAAAAGUGUAAUUUGACAAAAAGGAUACUUUUUUUAUUUUUGCUGUUACACCAAAUACAGUUCAAAUGCUUUUUGUUCUAUUUUUUUAAAAAUUUCAAUUUCAAAAUGUCUCAAUGGUGCUAUAAUAAAUAAACUUCAACACUCUUAUGAUUAUACUGAGUUACAUUCUUUGAAUCCCAGCCCAUUUGCAGAGCGAUGACUAUGCUUACCAUUAAAAGACAACCUUUCUUUCUGAAACAGUCAAACAUGAGAUUUGAAAAGACCUCCCUGUUUCAACUACCUCAACCUGGUCAGAAACACAGAUGAAUUCUCUAAGUUUCAGAAGAUGAAAAAAUUGUACAAAUUGGUAAAACUUAAGAAUUUCAUCAAUUUAUUUCCUAAAAUAUUUGUUUUAAAAAAGUAGAGUGUAGUGAAAGAAUUUAAAGAAAUAGUUUAAAAUCACAAUUAUUUUAACCUUGGAUAUCAACUGCUUUUAAAGGUGCUUUUCUCUUUUCUUGUCAUUGCUAAAAUUGUCAAGAUUACCAAUAUUUGGGAAGACUUUAAAGACAUAUCUUAUGGUGCUAAUGUACUUUCACUUUUAAAACUCUAGGUCAGAAUUGUUGCCUUUCAUUCAAAACACCAAAUGCACACCGUCUGUACAUGUCUCCUCUCAAAAAGAUUUACUGGCAUGUCACUUCAGAGGACUCUGUCCUUCAUCAUGUAAAAGUCAACAACAACAACAAAAAAACAAAUUAUGGGGCUGAUUUGUCACAAUAACACAGGGAAUGUAUUGAAAUUUAACUUUGUAAGCUUGUAUGUGGUUGUUGAUCUUUUUUUUCCUUACAGACACCCAUAAUAAAAUGUCAUGAUGAAACA